AUGUCAGAUAGAGAAAAAAAGAAGUUACAUUCGAGAAUUCAACCAUUAUAUGAAGGUAUAUAUCAAUUAAAAGAUGGUGGUUAUGAAAUAAAUGUCCCAUUUCAUACGUUGCCUUUAAGAACAGGCACUGAUUAUUAUAAAAUUAUUUUAAAUCCAUUAUCAUUACAUGCUGUUGGUCGUAAAAUUAAAAAAUUUCAAUAUAAUGAUGCGCAAGAAUUUAUUGAUGAUUUGGCUUUAAUUUCAUGGAAUGCAAGAUAUUAUAAUGAACCAAAUUCAAUAAUUUAUAGGUAUGCUCAAAUUUUACAAAAUUAUAUAAAUGAAGUUGUAUUACCAAAAUUAAGAAAUGAUAAAAUGAUAUCAAAUGGUCCAAAUUUAAAAUAUCCAUAUAUUGGUGAAUUACCUGAAAAUAGAGAAAAUGAUCAAUUAACCGGAUUUUCAUUUGAUAAUAUAAAGUUCAACAAUAACAAUAACCAUAAUACACCUGUCCAAACUUUAGAAAGUACUCCAAUACCUACUCAUCAUCAAGAUUAUGAAAUGAGUGUUACUCCACAACAAAUACCAGAGCCUAUAAAUCCAUCAAAACCAUUAGUUCAAACUGGUUAUAAUACAAGACAAAUUUCAAAUCCAACUCCAAUUUCAAAACAAACAUUAUAUCAACAAAAACAUUCAAAACAAUCAUCUUCACAACAACAAAUUGAAUCUGGUAUAAGAAGAGGUAGACCUCCAAUUAUUGAUAAACCAUUUGAAACAAGAAUCAAAUUAAUUUUAAAAGGUUUUAAAAAAUUAAGAUCAUCAGCUGGACAACCAUUAACAAAACAUUUUGAAAAAUUACCUGAUAUAAAAAUGUAUCCUGAUUAUUUUCAAAUUAUUCAAAAUCCAAUAAGUUUAGCAGAAAUUAGAAUUAAAGUUAGAUCUAGAAAAUAUCAUUCAGUUGAAGAAUUUAUAAAUGAUUUAGAUUUAAUGUUUGCUAAUUCUCAACAAUAUUUUCAAAAUGAUCCUUAUAGUGAAGAAUCUUUAGACUAUCAACAAUUUAAAAAAGAAGCUCAUAUGGUUAUACAAACAGAAUUAAGUAAAAGUGAUAAAGAAAUUAUAUUAGCAACUUCAAGUUCUUCAGAUGGUGUUUUAAGAUUCCCAUUAGAAACUUUAGAAGUUAAUGGCUAUUCAUAUAAAAUUGGUGAUUGGGUAUUAAUGAAAAAUCCAGCAGAUCCAGAAAGACCAAUAGUUGGUCAAAUUUUUAGAAUGUGGUCUACUGAAGAUGGUAAAAGAUAUUGUAAUAUGUGUUGGUAUUAUAGACCAGAACAAACUUGUCAUGCAGUUGAUAGGUUAUUUUUUCAAAAUGAAGUUUGUAAAACUGGUCAAUAUAGAGAUCAUUUAGUUGAUGAUGUUGUUGGACCAUGUUAUGUCUUAUUUUUAACAAGAUAUCAAAAAGGUGAUUUACCAGAAGGUGUUAUACCAAGAGAUGCACCAUGGUUUAUUUGUGAAUUUAGAUAUAAUGAAACAUCUCAUGUUUUUAAUAGAAUUAGAACUUGGAAAGCUUGUUUACCUGAUGAAGUUAGAGAUGAUCCUGAACAACCAUUAGUUCCACUACAUGAAAAUAGAAAAUUGAUAAAAUAUGAAUCUCCAAUUAAACAUUUAUUACCACAGGGUUCUUAUGUAGGUAUGGCAAUUCCUGAACCAGUACCAGGUACUGCUAAUUCGCCACCUAUUACAGGUUCGGUUUAUCUUUCAUCACCAUUACCAAAUGAUGAUUUAGGUCAAUAUAUUACAUCACCAAAUACUGUUCCUGUACCAGAACAUGAUGAUAUGAAACACGGUAGAAGAGCUUAUUUAUUCACACCAAUUUCUCAAUUAAAAGGUGGUGGAGGUUCAACAAAUGCAGUUUAUGCAACAACUCCAGCAUUACCUCAUGGUUCACCAAAUCAUGAACCAGCAAGACCAAAUAUGUCAUCAACUUUGUCUAGUACGUUACCUUCAACAACUAAUAUACCAACAAUAUCAACAAAUACAAGUUACAACACAUAUUCAAAACCAGUAUAUCCACAACCACAACCACAACCACAACAAUCACAAAUUUCACAACCUCAAUUACCUAGUGGUUAUAGAUCAUUACAAACUGAAAUGCAAGAAAAUCAAGCUAAAAAAUUACAAGAACAACAAUUUCAUCAAUUACAACAACAACAACAUCAACAAUUAUUUAGAAAAUCAAAUUCACCAACUACACAAGAUUUAAUUCCUCAAAAUACAAAUUAUCAUACUUCAACAUCAACAUAUUCGAAUUUAUUACAAGGUGGUACUUUGGCUUAUGGAUUACAAGAAAAUGAAAAUGAAAGUGAUAUGGAAGAUGAUUUAGAUUCUGAUUUGAAUGGAUUAGGUCAAUUUAUAAAUAAAAAACGUAGAAUUAUAAAUGUUGAUGGUGAUUAUGUUAAUGAAUUGAUUUUUUAUAGAGCUCCUCCAGUUUUAAUUAGUGGUUCAAAUAGAAUUAUAACUAAUAAUGGUACUGAAUUAGGAAAUUCUGCAAAAUAUUUAGCUUGGAAAAUUAAAAAUGAAAAGGGUAAAGAAACAAAAGCUUGA